GGAGCAUAAUACUAGCGCAUGGAUCGCGUAGCUGACGGCCAAAUAAGAAGGACUGUCCUUAUUUCCCAUGCCCACACCCCCCUGCUCGCUGCACCGGCUGUUCUAAAUAAUUUCCUUGUUCUUUCUGGCCGUUGCAACGGCUUUUACCUGCCAAACGAUGGCGUGGUCGCACGUAUCUAUCACACAGCUCGUGCUGUCUCUGGUAGUCGCAGGAGUGAUCUAUACAGUAGGCCUGGCGAUACAACGACUAUGGCUUUCCCCGAUUGCACGUUUCCCAGGGCCCAAGCUGGCAGCCCUAACCAUGUGGUAUGAAUUCUACUACGACUCAUACCUAGAAGGAGAAUAUACCUUCAAAAUCAAAGAAAUGCAUCGUAAAUACGGCCCCAUCGUCCGAAUCAGUCCCUACGAACUACACAUCAACGAUCCCGAAUACUACGAUGUCCUGUACUCUCGAGAAGCACCCCGGAAUAAGUCCUUGCAUUUGACCGGCAUGUUCGGCGCCCCGGCUUCGGCCUUCGGCACGGUCGACCAUCGACGCCAUCGUAUUCGACGUCAACCGAUGAACCCGUUCUUCUCGCAGCAGCGCAUUCGACAACUUGAACCCAUGCUGCGGGGCAUGGUUGACAAAUUAUGCGAUGGAAUGCGCGCGUGGAUUGAUAGACGCGCCCCACUCCAUAUGUACCAUGCUUUCAAUGCGUUCACCACCGAUGUCGUCGUGGAAUACACUAUGGGCAACUCAUUCCACUAUCUCGAUGACCCGGAUUUCAGCCCGCAGUGGUCAACGACCAUCCAGGCCAUCGUUCGGGCGGGUAUGCAGUUCAAACAAUUCCAGUGGUUUAUGGGUCUGUUUGAGAUUCUUCCUCGCUGGCUGGUCUUGAGCAUCAAUCCGGAUAUUGGCCCCGUUAUCGACCAAAAGGCUGAAAGUAUACGCCUGGCCAACUUGAUCAUCGAUAGUCAAAAGGCGGACGGCGUGUCGGACAGUAAGGCUGUUGUGCCCAAGGGUACAUUGUUCCAUGCUCUUCUGGAUAGUAACCUCCCAGCGGAAGAGAAGUCGGCAAAUCGGUUGAGUCAAGAGGUUUUCACCGUCAUCGCUGCUGGUGGAGAAACAACGGCCAAGAAUUUGACUACGGUCACUUUCCACCUUUUGAAUAAUCCCGAUAUGCUUCAAAAGCUACGUGAGGAGUUGAACCGGUUAGAUCCCGAUGGAACAGCCUCCUUGAAAGACUACGAGGCAAUGCCAUAUUUGUCCUCGAUCAUGCUGGAAGGUCUCCGAGUCUCCUUCGGUGUCGCAACCCGACUCCAACGCAGCUCACCAGAUCAACCGAUGAUGUAUAAAGACUGGGUCAUCCCUCCAGGCGUCCCGGUCGGCAUGACUAGUCUACUCCUCCACAACAACGAAGAAACCUUUCCCAACCCCGAGAAAUUCGACCCGGAAAGAUGGAUGGAUCCAACAGAACGACACCGUUUGGAAAAAUACCUGGUCGCAUUUAGCAAAGGAUCCAGGCAGUGCAUCGGUAUUCCCCUCGCCAAAGCCGAAAUCCUCCUAGUAAUCGCCACCAUCUUCCGCGAAUUCGAUAUGGAGCUAUACAAAACCACCUUCGAAGAUGUCCGUGUUGUGCGGGACAUGUUCAAUGGUCAUCCAAGGAAAGGAAGUGAAGGUGUUCGCGCCUUGAUUACGCGGUGGAAUGGGCGGCCUGGCUCGGGGUCGACGAGUGCUUGACCUAGAUGAUUGGGGAGAAUAAGAGAUAUUUAAUUGAAUUGAGAAUGAGUAUUAUUGAGGUUUUGGGCUGUACUGGUG